AUGGGGCCAGGUGAGAACUGUAUUGGGACUCCACCCAUGAAGUGUCAGGCAUACCUUCGGUGCCCUUGUCCUGUGGGUGUGGUAAUCAACAUCCCCGAGAUGGAGCCUCUGGUCUUGGAAACCAGGCAAUGGUUUUUGAAGAAGCUGUCCAAGUCUGACCAAGACAUUGACCAUCUCUUCCAAAAAAUGGAAGACAAAAGGAACUUCAAGGACUACACUAUGGAAAUGCUGUGGGAUAAGGUGGCCGGGAUGUUUCUGCAGCAGAAGCAAGAAGCAAGGCAGCUGGACCAAGCGCUACUGUCACUGGAGGCCACCGGGGCAGACAAUUCACCUACUUCUGCUGCCUUCUCAAAUGCUGCACAGCCUCUCACAGUGAUGCCACCAGAUGAAGAACACAUGUUCAGAGUAAGAGUGAAUAACCUGUUUUCUGCACUUGGAGACGCGUACCACAUGGAACUCAUGGAGUUGAUCCUCUUCCUGUAUGAAAAGACCUGGCAGGAGUGCCUGCUGCAUGUGCGAGAAUGCAAGGACCAGCUGCUGACCUGGAAGGCCUUCACUGAGGCAGAGGCUGAGAGCCUGCUGAACCCAAUCUUCUACCAGAAAGCGGGAGAGUUCCAGAGCAAGAUGGAGAAGAAGCUGGAGCUGCUGGAUUACUCCUUUGAAGCUUUUGCUAAACAGAGGGAGUGGCAGAGCUUGGACCUCUUCAGAUAUUUCCAGGAGUCUGUGGAGCUGUUGGAAGAGCACCAGGGCGCACUGUCGAUGCAAGAGGGGGAGCUGGAGAAGAGAAUGGAACGCCACCAGCAGAAGACCAACCUGGAGAGCCCAGUAAGCCAAACUCUGAAGAACCCAACAGGGAAUGAGGAAUGGGCCAAACUCCGACUGCAGGCUACCUCAGGGUGCUCAGGCAGGGUUCACAUGAAAACAAACAAACAGACAGAACCAAACAAAGCCAAUGAAGAGCACAUCCUAAAGAGAUUGCAGAUACAGAAGAAAAAGAAAGAGGCUCUAAUGGAAAUGACAAGAGCUGAAGGAAGCUUAAGUCAAGAGUCAGGUUCUGAUAGGCCAGCAGAAGAGAUAGAAGAAAAAGGUCAAGAAACAGACUCUUCCGUAGCUGAAGAGGUGCUGAGCCAGCAGGACAAGUUCCCACAGAGUGAUGAGGUGAAGGAGUCCAGAGAAGAUGGUGUGAAAGAACCAGAAGAAACGCAGGGAGAAAGAGAGAUUGCCUUAGAAGCAUCCCCUGUCCUGGAAAUUCCUACUCCGGAGUUAACCAUCAACUACAUGACUUUCAUUGCCUCCCCUUUUACCACACAGAUCACCUCAGCCUCUUCUGCUUCACCUCAGCCUGCUCACCCCUUGUCUCCUCCUGUUCUCUGUGUAGACACAAUGUACUUGGAAAUAAAGUGAAAAAUGAGGUCUGGCUUCUUUGAACACCUUGAGAAGUGGUUUGACCAAUGUGUCCUCAGUGCUCUGGUCAUCAUGGCUGCUAAGACUAGUGAGCUGGAUUCAGAACUGGAGCUGUGUCUGCGUCUGCACCAGCCAAGAGCCCAGUAUGUGGAGAAGGACAUUCACAACAUCAGGGCAGCCCAGCUCUUACUUCACCAAGAGCGGUUGGACAGCCACUGUGCCAGGGUGAUAGAGACGCUGGAGAAGGAGAGGCUGAUGUUCUGUCAGUUCCAAGAAGAGCAAGUGGUCAGGAGCACAAACUUCCGCCACAAGAUCUAUGACAUGGAGCACAUCUUCUUGAAUGCCACCAAGAGCCAAAAGCUGGUGAUUCUCACCAACACACUGCACCAGGACCUACUCAGCCAAGUGGAUGUCAUCCAGGUACCUCUGAAAAGCUUCCACCAGUACUUGGAGGAGAGUCUGGGCAAACUCCGCUACACCAACAUCAAUUACAUCAAGCACUGCAGCGAUUUUAAGAGCAUCAUUCAGACCCUCCUGUGGGAGAGCAGAGACCAACUGAUAACUGUCGUGGAGGAAUUUUACUGGAAAGAGAAACACCCCAUCACCAGGCCUGAAUGUAUGAAUGAAACCUUUGACCAGUGUGCUGAACACAUCAUCAGGAAGAUCCUGGAGUAUCACCAGGCAGAUGAGUACCACAACUCCUGCCUUGUGAAAUUAUGAGCCCAGUUGAGGAGAUUUGAGGUGUGUUAGCUGGUGAUGGAGAAUUUCAAGGAGCAGCACUGGAAGAAGUUCUGUGCCUCCAUAAAAGAGACCCAGCUACCCUUUCAGCAGCAACAGAAGCAGAUAGAGGAAAACAAGGCCAAGAAUUUCCAGAAGCUCCAUCCAAAUCUUGGACACCCCAGAUAUUCUCAACGAAUGAAGUCACUGUGCAUAGUGGAGGAGAAAAGGCAGGAGGAGCUGGAGGGCACACUCAGGUUAUACCAGGAGUAGCUGGAGGUCAGUGAUGCCUUUGCCUCCACACUCCACAUGCAGAAUGGGGUGCUGGGUGGACUGUGGAUGACAAAGUCAAGCUCAUUUGUCUAUAGGAAGUGGCCAGGAAUCAAACCCAAAGAAAUCACCAUCCGAACCAAGAUUCGGACACAUAACACACCCUCAAUAUGCACCUCUAAGACCACCCUGGGUCACAUGGCAGCUGUGGAAGCCCAAGAUACUGUGUACCUCAAAUACUUGGUCCUGCUUGAGGAGACGCUGAAGAAGAACCCGAAUGACUUCACGGUGCUGGAGUUGGAGGCUCAACACUGGAAGGACAACUGGAUGCACUCUUACCACGAUCAAGGGCCUGUAUUUGUCCAGGUUUCUGCCCCUGUCAAGUAA